AUGUCUGCCGAGGAAAAGAUGGAUGAGAUGAUCGACGAGCAGAUGUUCCAGAAGCCCAGUGAUCUGGUUGAGCGCGAUGAUGACACCGGUCUCAUGCAGCUUGAGAGUAUGUGUAUGAACUGCCACGAGAAUGGCGAAACCCGUCUUCUACUCAUUCGCAUUCCCUACUUCCGCGAUGUUAUCCUCGAGUCCUUCGAAUGCGAGCACUGUCAUUUCAAGAACAACUCUAUCAAAUCCGCCGGUCAGAUCCAGGAGAAGGGUUGCUCAUACACCGUCGUCAUUGAAAAUGAGCACGACAUGCAGAAACAGGUCGUCAAGAGCGAUGUCUCCACCUUCAAGAUUGAUACUUUGGGUAUUGAGGCGCCCCCGGGCAACGGGCAAUUGACAAAUGUCGAGGGUCUGAUCCAGAAGAUCCACGAAGGUCUGGCUAGUGACCAGCCCGCCCGUAAGGAGCAGGCCCCGGAACUCCACGAUGCCCUCGAGCCGAUCAUCAACAAGCUGAAGGAUAUACUGGAGGGUAACGGGUUCCCCUUCACCAUUAGCCUGGACGAUUACACCGGAAAUAGCUGGAUCGCCCCCUCGAUCGGACAGGAUCACGCCAAGAAGUACCAGCGCCGCGAAUACUUCCGCACCCACGAGCAAAAUGAAGAAUUGGGCAUUUCGAACGACCCCAACGCCGCCCAGAACGAGGUCACUACCACCCAGGACGAGGACUUCGAAUCCGAGAUCGUCAAUAACCAGGUUUAUACUCUCCCGGCCGAGUGCCCCGCUUGCUACAGACCUUGCGUGGUUAACUGCAAGUCUGUCGAUAUUCCCCACUUCAAGCAAGUUUUGCUCUUCAGCACUGUUUGCGGUGGUGAAGUUCCCGGCGAGGGAGGCAAGUGGAUCAAGAUGGAUGGCUGCGGCUACCGCAACAGCGACAUCAAGACUGGUGGCGAAGUUCCCGAGAAGGGCAAGCGCAUUAAAUUGUCCGUUGAGAACGAGGUUGAUUUGAGCCGAGACAUUCUCAAGUCAGACACUUGCUGUCUCUCUAGCGAGGAACUCGACCUGACAGUCCAGAGCGGCAGUCUCGGUGGACGUUUCACUACCGUCGAGGGCUUGCUCACCGAGGUCCGCGACCAAUUGCACGACCAUAUCUUCGACGCCGUUGGUUCCGGCGCCGGAGACAGCAUGGCCUCCGAAGAGAAGAACAAGUGGGACAGCUUCUUCAACAAGCUCAAUGAUGCCAUCGCUGGCAAGAUCAAGUUCACUCUUACCCUCGAGGACCCCAUGGCUAGCAGUUACGUUCAGGAUCUGUGCUCUCCUGCCAAGGACGAGCAGAUCUUCACCGAAGAAUAUACUCGCACCGAGGAAGAGGAGGAGGAGCUUGGUCUCAAGGAUAUGAAGACUGAGAACUAUGAGGAAGAUCACGCGAAGGAGAUGGCCGAGAAGGCCACUGCUGAGAAGGCUGAGGCAGAGGAGCAGUCAUGA